AAUUUUUUUCUUUACAUGAUAAGAAUGGAAUAAAUGAUAAAAAUUUUCGUUCAGAUUUCGUCGAAGUCAGUGUUCAAUUAUGCAGAAAUUUAUUAUUGUAUUAUUUUGUUUAAUAAUAAGUUUUAAUUUAAAUAUCGCUGUUAUACUUCUAGAAAGUGCUGAUAGUGGCAAAGAUGUAAAUUUUGAUUAUGAUGAUGACAUAUUAAUACAAACUCGAGUAAAACAUGGUAAAAUAGCAACAAAUACUUAUCCAUUUUUGGCUUCGAUAAAAGUUGGCGGAGAAAAUUUAUGUGGUGGUAGUUUAAUCAAACCGCAAUGGGUAUUAACUGCAGCUCAUUGCUUGCAAAGAGUUAAAAAGCCAAAAGAAACAGAAAUAUAUUUCAACAGUACCAGAUUAUAUAAGGGAAUCCCAGCUACAGCUGCCAAACAUAUUCCACAUGAGAAAUAUAAUCCAGCAAGAGAUUUAACUCACUACGAUAUCGGAUUAAUUAAGUUAAAUUCCCCAGUUGAAUCUGGGGAAGCAGAACCUAUUCUUAUUCCAACAGAAGGUGAUGAAAAAACAUCAUAUGCAAAUAAAAUGGCCCUGGUCUUAGGAUGGGGUCGAACGGAAGAUGUUGGUAUUACAUCUAAAUUACGAGAAGGUCAUGUAACAUUAAUUGAUAAUAAAAAUUGUCGUCGUCAAGCCAUUUCAAAUCAUCAAAUAUGUGCCAAUGUCGAUCCAAAUCAACCAAUUGCAUGCCAUGGGGAUAGUGGUGGGCCAAUGGUAAUUAAAAAUGAGGAUAAUGAAUGGUUACAAAUUGGAGUAAUUAGUUAUGGAGCACCAAUUGUGAAUAGAACACAUUGCCAUUCAUAUGAUCUAUAUACGAAAGUCGCUGUUUAUCGGAAAUGGAUACAAGAUACGAUUGAUAAAAAUACAUAAAUUAUUAUUAAUUUUAUAAGGAAUCGGCAAAGACCUAAAGGAAAACCUCAUGUUUUAAAGAACCCAGUGUAAUGUGUAACUAGUUAAAAAAUCCAAUAAAAUUUUAAAUUUUUAUUUUA